CCGUUCACCGACCGCCAGUCACUAUACAGUCAGUAGUCACCGCUCGCCAGUCAGUCGUUCACUUUCCGUGCUGCACGUUGUGUUGCGCGCGCGUCCCGCGUUUCGUCCGCAGUCGCAGUGCAAUCCGGCGAUAAUAAAUUAUAGCAUAAUAUCGAAGACAAUAUCCUGCGACAACAUCCCGCCUCUCUGGUGUCCUAUAAGCCCGUACAUCAUCCGCCACCAUCUCUGUCGUUGCCCUGUUUUGUCGGUCGCGCGUGUGUUUACCGCCGUAUUACUUUUGGUUUACAAUAAUAGGAACACUUAUCCUCACGCGAAUGGCCUGGCAAGUUUCGUCGCCGGUGCGACGGCCGCGGCGGUGGUCGACGGCAUGAAACGUUCGUUUGCCCUCGGCAGUGCGGUGCAUUGCGAAAACAUGCGUCCGCGAAAAAAAAUCGGCCGACCCGCCGCAGUGUGACGACGAUGAAGGGCACGUGAAACGCCGCCGCCAAGCACGGGGCGCUUAAGCCGCGCGACGACAUGUGGCCCGCGGCUUCGCCGACGGCGUUCGCCACUGCGACCACCGUGGCCGUCUUCCUGACGGUGGUCGUCGGAAAGUUUGGACGGAUAAGUUCUACCCCCGUCCAACAACCAGGGAAAUUGCCGACGCUCAACCAUUUCAUAAAGCACUAUACGCCUGCGGAAUACGACCGGGACGGCUUGUUGGAACAGCACCGGAGGAUGCGCAGGGACGUCACCGCCGCUAGUAAUCAACGACUGCAAUCGCCGUUACGGCUCACCAUCGCCACGCCACACAGGACGUUCAAAAUGUUGCUGACGCCGGACGAGAAACUAUUCGCUGACGACGUGGUGUUCGAGGGCUCGGGAGAUCGGCCAAUACCGUUUGAUCCAGGCAAAGCUUACGUCGGCACAUUGGAAGACGAGGAGACAGUGACUGUGCGUGGCAUCGUGACAUCCGACGGGCUGUUCGACGGCACCAUCAGCACGGCCGCCGAGGAAUACUUCGUGGAACCUUCGUCGCGGUAUGGCGACGGGUCGGUGCUACCGUACCACAGCGUCGUGUACCGUUUGUCGGACGUGGCCGGCCCGAAGUCAGCUGGUGGUGGUUGCAGGUCGGAGGCGAUGCGCGAACGCCGGUCGGCCGACAACGGCCACGCCGACGCCGAGAGGCUGGUGAACCAGACGUACGACACAGAGGGUGUGAUACUGGUACGAUCGCCCAACGGCACCAUCGUGAACCGGAGCAGGCAAUCGGCCACCAGCAAGACGUCCGUGCCGAAGCCCAACUGGUACGAUCCGAACGACCAGCGGAAGGUAUUGGUGGCCGUGGCCAGCGACGAGGCUAGCAGCAACCUGGUGGUGGAUGACAGCGGCGCUUACGAUCCGUUCGAGAACCGCAAGAAGGGGCUGGGUGGGUUCGUCGACAACCGGAAGACCACGUGCAUGCUGUACCUGCAGGCCGACCACCUGUUUUACGAGAAGUACGGCAGGGAAGAGACCUGCAUCGAAGUCAUGACUAGACACGUGCAGAGGGUGAAUGCCAUUUACAGAAACACUGACUUUAAUCAAGACGGCAAACCAGACAAUAUAAGCUUCAUGAUUAAGAGGGUGAAAGUGCACUCUAACCCAGACCCUACCUACAAGUUCCUGGGGAAUUACGGAGUAGAGAAGUUUUUAGAAAUAUUUUCGGAGGAAGAUUACGAUGCCUUUUGUUUGGCUUACAUGUUCACGUACAGAGAUUUUGAAAUGGGUACUUUGGGUUUGGCGUGGACUGGGGAUUUGAAGAACGCCGGCGGUGUAUGCGAAAAAAAUGGACAUUACCGGGGUAGUUUAAAAAGUUUGAACACCGGUAUAGUGACGCUAUUGAAUUACGGAAAACACGUACCUUCCGCAGUGUCUCACGUUACUCUGGCACACGAAAUUGGCCAUAACUUUGGUUCACCGCACGACCCCGAGAUAUGUACACCCGGCGGUGACGACGGCAACUAUAUUAUGUUCGCUCGAGCGACUUCGGGCGACAAGAAAAAUAAUAAUAGGUUUUCGCCGUGUAGCUUGUCCGCUAUAAAUCCUGUACUAAAUGUCAAAGCCAGGAGCACUAGAGGAUGUUUUACCGAACCGCAAACAUCGAUUUGUGGUAACGGCGUUGUUGAACCUGGCGAAGAGUGCGAUUGCGGAUGGGAAGAGGACUGCAAAGAUGCGUGUUGUUUCCCUCAAAGGAGAUACUCUCCGCCCGAAGAACCGCCGUGUAGAUUGACGGCAAAGAGUGUCUGUAGCCCUUCACAGGGACCGUGUUGCACGAACGAUUGCAAUUUGAAAAUAGGAGAACUUUGCCGCAAUGACAACGGUUGCCGCGAUGCUAGUUACUGCAAUGGCAUGACUCCUACCUGUCCUGCUUCUAUCAACAAGCCGAAUAAGACUGUAUGCAAUGAAGAGUUUGUGUGUUACAUGGGAGAAUGUACUGGAUCUAUAUGUCUAGCAUAUGGACUCGAAUCCUGCCAAUGUUUACCCACCCCUCAGGACUCUCCUACUAAAGCGUGCGAGUUGUGUUGUAAACUACCCGGUGAAAACCAACCUUGUUUGUCAUCAUAUUCUUGGAAUAACGUGCCAUACGACAUACCAGAUAUGUAUUCUAAGCCAGGUACUCCAUGCAACGACUACAAUGGAUAUUGUGAUGUAUUUCAAAGAUGUAGAGAGGUUGAUCCAUCUGGACCUUUAGCAACGCUUCGAAAAUUGUUGUUAUCUGAAGAAAGUAUUGCCUCAUUUAAAAAAUGGGCUAUAGACCAUUGGUACUAUUCUGGUCUAAUAGUGGCCUCUUUCCUGUUAAUGCUGGUUCUAAGUACGCGGUUGUUUGGAAAACGAUCGGAUCCAAAAUUAAAAUCGGUGACGAUCAUCCACAGCUCGACCACAGAAACUGUCCGGUUGCCAGCUGACGGUGACAAUCAAAACGUUACCGUUCAUCCCGCUGCCGUGCGUUCGAAACUUCCAUUGAAAAAACGCGUACGUGAAAAGCGCAACGUAAACAACAACAACAGUCCCGCGAAAAAGAGUCGCAAGAACGUCGCAACGGAGGAAGAGUCGACGACGGAGACGUCUUCACCCAAAAAAGUCGGCCCUGGAGCCCAAAAGAAAGAACGGAAGACGAGGCGAAAGAAAUCAAAAGGUGUCAUCGACUACAGCGUCGCCCAGAACAAAGUGCUCGUGACGAACAAGAAAACUCCCGAAGACGAUCCGCUAGGCAAGGUUCGCAAUUGGCUGUUAAACUCGCAUCACAUCGAGGCUCUCGGUGGCACUCUGAGAAAGUCAAAGUCUUCGCCGGCCGGUUUCGCGAACCCCCCUGAACCGCCCAGACCGGUGGUCAAAGCUCAACCAAAAAACAAAGACAAUCAAGUUAGUUUGCAGGUAGUGUACAAGCCCCCGUUCAAGUUUAGUGUCAAGCUCAGUAAGUCCAAACCGGAUCUGACGAAAGACAAACGGCCGGACCGGACCAAGCAGCGCGCGGCCCUGUUGAUCCGUGCCAACCGGGCGCGCGGCGGAGGUGGCGGCGCCACCGGUGCUGCCAAGCAACAAGCGAAGAAGCAGCAAGUCAACAACGGCGGUAGCAGCCGGGUCACCCCGCAGGAGCCAAAGAACGCGUCUGCCGCGGCCACCGCCACCAGACUGCAGCCACCAGAGCCCAUUUACGAGAACGCGGCCAUCGACUUGCUGCGCAUGUCGUCCACGGAACACGACGGCCACCAGCCGAUAUUCCCGGUGGCCGCGUCUCCGCCGAACAAACAGAGGAAGUCGUUCGCGGGCGUGGACGCGAAAACCGACGAGGCUCCCCGGUCCAAGCGGAACAGCGUGCCACAACAGUCGCUGCAACAGCCGAGCACGUCGGGCAACAGCAAUCUGAUGCGGUUCCCGUCCACCGAGAACAAGCAGCAGGCGAACAACAACUGUCCCGCGCCCUCCAAUAACGCGAGUAGUAAAGACGAAAAAACGUGAUAGGCGCGCGACGAGGUAAUUUUACGAUUUUUUUUUUUUUUGAAAUUAUGUUAAUAUUAUUAUUACGGCAUUCUUCGUCCGCCAUCGUUACGACCGCGGUGUCUAACACGGUUAUCAACGUAGUUAACCGUGGUAUAAAUCUCGUUAAUCGAAUUCCAAUCGGAACCGCGGAGAACCAGUAGCCUUUACCACGGCGGCGCUCGUGAUCUCAGUCCCGAAGCACUCCCUCACCCGUCCACCCACCAAUACCCACACACUUACGUUUUCGUAUACAAUAAUAUUAUCGUCCACAGGUCACUACCGUGUUCCGAUCGCCAAUUAGUCGUGGACAUAAUAAUAUUUCAUCGCCGUGGACACGAAAAUCGGUCAUCGGAAAAAUACGCGCGUGUGUCAGUUUUUGCGACGUCGUAGCGUUUUCGUUUCGCUUUACUCGAACGACCGUCGAAUUGUAAUUUUAUAUCGUUUUGGCGCACCGUCGGUAACAAUAAUAAUAAUCGAUAAUAACGAAAAUGAGGAAAAAUUAACUACCUAAUAUGCAAAAUUUACAUUGCCAAUAAUAAUACUUCGAACCGUCUCUUUAUCGACGAGUGUAUUACUCUUUUUUGUUUUUUUACGCGUUUUCUUAUUCCAUUUUCCAUUUAUGUACUAUAUAUAGGCAUAGCCCGAGAUUUCGAAACAUAAUAAUAUAUUAUAAAAACACGAAAACGCAUCCAUCAUAAAUAUUAUUAUGCAACACACUGUUUGUUGUAUAUAGGUAAUAAACGAAAUUAUAGUCAUUUUUAUUAUUAAAUGAGUUUCUCUCUUCCAUCUCCUCUUCCUCAUCAUCCUCGACCAUUUUUAUUUCGUUUCCUCGCGAACAACAACAGUUCAUUUCGGGCUGCAGUGGGUUUGAAAAAUCUACAGAACUUUUUAUUUCUACAUAUUAUUAUUAUUACUAUAAACUAACCCCAAUAACAACAUAACAUAAUAAUAAAACGACCCCGCGUCGUCGUGAUUGAUUCAUCUCGAGUUUAGCGCAACGUCAAUAUAAUGUCAUUUCUCCUCGGUGCAAUAAUAACGUAUUAUAUAAUAAUAUAUUAUAUUAUGAUCAAAUAAUAUUAUCCAAAUCGUCAGUAUUAUUAUUAUUAUUAUUAUU